UGAUUGAACAAUUGUUAAAUAUGAAAAUGAAAUAAAUAAAGACAAUUUAAAGUAACAUUUGAUAUAUAUUGAAUGAAACGGAAACUUAAGCAUGCUUAUAAAAUAUCAAAAACCUCCUUCUUUCCACCUCAUAUUUUUGUUUUGAACCAUUAACUAAAUCAACCCCACUUAGAAAAGACUCCACCAUUCAUCAUUGACUUCACAACCUACUCAAAAAUACCUCAUCAUAUCCAUGGAACAAGAACAUCAUCUUCAAACAGAUGCCCAACCUACAGAUGAACCAAUCAGUACUGGCAGCUACUGUAUCGAAAUCCAAUCAUCAUCUAACACCAACAUACCAGAAUCACCAACUAAUAUCACCAUCCAUGCCCUCCAUAUUUCCAUGCUCCUCCAAAAUGAUAUUCAAGGGUUCAUGUCACAAGAUAUCAACUUGUCCGAUCUUCGUUCGGAUACUAAUAAAAACUCAAUUUUUCAUUUAGCAGCGAGUAUUGGACGAUCAGAGUUCAUUAAUGAGUUCGCCAAUGAUAAUCGAAUGCUUCUAACGUUACCGAACUUGAAUGGUGAUCUUCCAAUUCAUGUUGCAGCAAGGGCUUGCCAGUUUGAGGUUGUUAAAAAUUUGGUUAGGGUUUCUGAAGAGAUUGGCUCGAUGUUGGAGACUAAAAAUGAGGAGGGGAAUACGGCUCUGCAUAUUGCAUUAGAGAAUCAGCAACAGGAUAUGGCUAGCUUUUUGUUUAAAAAAUGCCCGAAAACAUUUUAUAGCACCAACACACACAAGAUUUCUCCUCUUUAUUUGGCUAUUAAAGCUGAAUUUUGGGAUCUUGUGAAUGAUAUGCUUGAUCGUGGUACAACUGACACUGAGGCUGACACUGAUGAGGCUGAGACUCAUUUAAUGAAUGGGUACUCUGUUAUCCAUGCUGCAAUUGUUGCCGAAAAUAUAGAUAUCAUGAAAAAGAUACUCGACCUUUCUUCGGAUUUAAUAAUGUACCUAGAAGAUGAACAGAAAAGGUAUCCAAUAUCAUAUGCUGCUUACACAGGCUUUCUUGAAGGCGUUAAAUAUAUCCUCCAAACCUAUGAAAAUGAAGCCCUUAAAAUGGAUGCUAAUGGUUGGUACCCAAUUCAUUGGGCUUGUAGUGGAGGCUACCUAAAAAUAGUGAAGUAUUUUUUCUUCUCGAACUUACCUAAAAAGACAUGGUUACUUCUAACCGAAAACGGACAAAGUAUUCUUCACGUUGCAGCAGCAUGCGGAAGAACAGAGAUUGUUAAGUUUAUUUUACGACAACCCGAAUGCGCGACGAUGAUCAACAUGAAAGAUAAAAAUGGAAAUACUCCUUUGCAUUUGGCUUCCAUGGGAAAACAUCCUUGUGUUGUUUAUGCAUUCACAUGGGAUGAUAGGGUUUUGUUGAGACUUCAAAAUAAUAAAAGAGAAACUGCUCUUGACUUGGCUCACAAUUAUGGGGAAUAUGCAUCGUUUAAAGAGCGAAUGACAUGGUUAUCCUUAAGAUACGCGGGAGUUCCAAACGCCCCACAAUAUCACUACUUUAAAUUUAACGACGUACUUAUAGUGGAGCCGACCAUGGUGAACACUACCCCUAGUAACCACAAUAACAACACAUCCACAGCUUUCUGCAUAGUCGGAGACCAACAAGCCCACCCUCUAGUCAAUACCAAUUCCUACAAGAAAAGGACUAAAUACAAGGAAAGAAUCAACACACUCCUAUUGGUUGCCACUCUCGUAGCCACCGUCACAUUCGCUUGUGGAUUUAGCGUCCCAGGUGGUUAUAGAAAUGACGAUCCCCACUCAGGGAUGGCUACCUUGGCUCAUAGACGUGCCUUUCAAGUGUUCGUUGUUACCGACAUUCUCGCCAUGUGUAGUGCCAUUCUCUCGGUCAUUUCACUAGUUUGGGCUCAUUUGGAUGAUCUACGUCUUGUGCUCUUGUCGCUGCGCUUUGCGCUGCCUUUGCUUGGAUUCUCUCUAGCCAUGAUGUUGUUUGCAUUCAUAUCAGGUUUUUAUGUAACGGUUCACACGUUAGUUCCUCGGUUAGGUAUUGCAGUCUUAUCUAUAGGAGGCUUCUCUAUAUUUACACUUCUGAUUUUUUAUAUCCCUCUCAUUUUACCUUUGUCUCGUAUUAGGAAUAAGUUUUUACGUUAUUUGUUUCAUAUUCCCUUUACCCUUAUGUUAUUAGCUUGUGAUAAGUCUAAGAAUGGACCACAUUAGUCAUUUUAAUUAUAUUUUUCUUAAGAUCAUCAAUUUUUGUUUUAUUUAACUGGUAAAUGUAAAAUAUUAUUACCUUUGUUAGAUAUUGUGGCACAUAA